CCACACUCGGCUCACACAACCACCUAUUCAUUCGUCCUGCACCACGCGCCUGCGAGACUUGUGAUGGCCAGCUUGCAGUAGAACAUGCUGGCAGUGCCCACCAGAACCUUUACACCAGACUUACACCAGGCCCUGUGAGGAGAGCCAGCUGCUAGUGCCGCUCUGUGCCACCUCCCUCACAGCCUGACGGAUGGAGCAGCAGAAGCUUGGAGGUGCCGUGGCGCACACCCAGCAAGACUUCAUCUCGUUUGGCCGGGCAGCCAGGGGCGGGGGUGGGCCUGGCCGGCGGCGCGGCCGGGCGCCAGCUGGGGGUGGCCCCCUGCGGGCUCGCAGGGCGGCCGCCGACUGGGAGGCGCCGACCCGACCCCGGCCCGGCCGGACGCCGGCGCCGCGUCACAGCUGCCCCUGGAUGGAGCCGGGCAAGGUCUACAGCCGCGGUAUCGUCGGGCUUCACGAAGAGAUUGAGGAUUUUUACCAGUACAUUUCACCCUCGCCGGACGAGCAUCACAUGCGCGCGCUCGUGUAUGAAGCGAUCCGUGACGUCAUAAAGGGCGUCUGGAGCCAAGCAGAAGUGUUCAUAUUCGGCAGCUUUGAGACGGGGCUCUACUUGCCGACCAGUGAUAUAGACAUGGUGGUGACGGGCAAGUGGAACAACUCACCGUUGGAGAUGCUGAAGGACGUGUUGAUCCGAGCCAAGAUCUGCCAUCCAGACUCAAUCAGAGUGCUGGACAAAGCCGCGGUGCCCCUCAUCAAGCUGACGGACAUGCGAACAAACGUCAAGGUCGACAUCAGCUUCAAUAUGACGAACGGUCUGAUCUCGGCAAACCGGAUCAAACAGUACCAGGCCGAGUAUCCGCACAUGCCAAAGCUGGUGAUGGUGCUAAAGCAGUUCCUGAUGCAGCGCGAGCUGAACCAGGUGUUCACGGGCGGCAUCAGCUCCUACAGCAUCAUCCUUAUGGUCGUCAGCUUCCUGCAGACGCACGAGCGAGCGCUGGCCGUCUUCCCCGGCUGCAACCUGGGCGUGCUGCUGAUCGAAUUCUUCGAGCUGUACGGCCUCAAGUUCAACUACCACGGCACGUGUAUCCGAGUGAAGGAAAAUGGCUACGCGCCGCGGCACGAGAUGGAGGAGCAGUUUGUGGGCGUGGCGACCCACAACUCGCCACUGUGCAUCGAGGACCCGCACAAUGACUCCAACGACGUGGGGCGCUCCUCCUACAAUAUGCUGAAGGUCAAGAAGGCGUUCACGCACGCCUACCACCAGCUUCGCUUCAGCGUGCUGGCCCAAGGAGCCGCCGGCGACCCCAGCCGGGCCAGCCUGCUCGGCCGGAUAGUGGUGAUCGAGGACGCGGUGGUGGAGUACCGACGCUGGAUCCGCGCCUGCUUCCCGGCGCCCGAGGAGGAGGACGGGCUGGCCCGCGCCGGACACGCGGCGCCGGAGCAGGACGCGUCGGACGGCUCGGACGCUGACACGAGGUCAUGACCGGCGGCCAUGCCGGCGCUGGAUGAGCCCGGCCGGUGACCUUCCGCCCCUGCCGACACCUCCUGCCGUCACAGCGCCAGUGCACGGUCCCACCGACGGGCACCGCCGGGCGUCGCGGCUGGAGCUGCCCGUAAGCGGCGCCGCGGUCUGCCCAUCACAGCUGCCAGCUGGCCGCCGGGCCCGGCCCGCGCUCAUCACCGCCGCUGAGACGAUCCGACCUGCGGGGAUGCCGGGGUGUCGUCUGACCUGCUGUGUAUACGAUGGGCGGCUCGGCUCAUGUGGGCGUGUCUCGGAGAGGGGCGGCUCGGCUCAUGUGAGCGUGUCUCGGGGAGAGGCGGCUCGGCUCGUGCGGGCGUGUCUCGGAGAGGGGCGGCUCGGCUCGUGUGGGCGUGUCUCACGGAGGGACUGCUCGGCUCGUGUGGGCGUGUCUCGCGGAGGGACUGUUCGGCUCGUGUGGGCGUGUCUCGCGGAGGGACUGCUCGGCUCGUGUGGGUGUGUCUCGCGGAGGGGCGGCUCAGCUCGUGUGGGCGUGUCUCGGGGAGGGGCAGCUCGGCUCGUGUGGGCGUGUCUCGGGGAGGGGCGGCUCGGCUUGUGUGGGCGUGUCCCUGGGAGGGGCGGUCUGCUCGUCGGCUGUUACGCGUGAGUGAGACGGCUUGUGAUCCGGGCCGUAAUGUUGGGAGUGUCGUCAGAGGAUAGAGAGACGGGGAUCAGCUGGCUGCACACUGUUUGGACGUGGCUGCCGUGGAGGUGGAGCGCAGUUCUAGCCUGGUGAUCAUAGACUCAGACUUUGAACGGGGAUGAAUAGCUGCCUUCUAUGCAUGAACCGAUGCCGGUUAAGUGUUCUUUAAAAAAAAUUUUGAUAGAUGCACUUAGGUGAUUUAAAGGUUUUUACCGGGUAUCAAGUUUGGGGGUUUUCCUGCUUCGAAAACUUCAAAGUACAAGUCAUGUUUAUUUAUUGCACAUCGAUUUGGAUGUGUUCCAUGUCUGCAUGCGGCUGUGUGGCGAUUAAACGGCUCCACGGACCUUGUCCAGUGAUAGUGUAUGCAUUGUAUCAGUUGAAACUGUUAUUUUCCCAAAGAAAAUGCAUCACUGUUAACAA